CUGAGCUGGCUGCUAGUUUAGCUCUGCUCUUCUCAUUUCUCAUCACACAGAAGCAUUGGCUUCCAUGGUAUUGUUUCUGGGAACCUGGAGGAAGUAAGGGCAUGCUGACAUUUUGAAUUGAUUAAAUCACGUUUGGGUGUGAUGCAGCCUGCAGCUUCGUGUUUAGCUGGAUUCUUCAUGGCCUUUCUUCUCUUACAGAUCACCAUACUCACCCAAGGUAUGAGCUUGGAUAUACAGAUUAACAUUCAGGUUCCAGAUGCAGAAGGGGUACUGGUGGAGUGUACUUCAGGAAGUUUGAUCCCACCUGCUGAGAUGAUAUGGAGAGACAGCAAGGGGAAUGUAAUUCCACACUCACCAAAAUUUGACUCUCAGGAUGGAUUAUUGUAUUUGAAGAGCAGCAUUCUUCUGAAGAACAGAACACAUGGUCCAAUUACUUGUUCCAUUUACAAUGUAACUACUAAUCAAGAGAAAAAGAGAAGCAUUGUCCUCUCAGAUGUCCUCUUCAAACCAGAGUAUAUGUCAUUGAUGUCAAACAGACCUCCAUGUCCUGUAAUAUAUUUAAGCAUUAUAUUUGUUCUUCAUUGUCUCAGAGGAAUUCUUGUUUUUUGUUGUCUCAGAUGGAGAAAAAAAUUUGUAAAAGGUAAAGAGUUCUGAAACCAUUUCUUUUUGAAACCCAAUACUCAGAUGUGAGGCAUACAAAAUUAUUUACCCCAGAACUUAAGUGCUUCCCAAUACUCUUUGUCAAAGGAGGUUUCAAAAUCUUCAGAGAUCCUCAGGUUAAGCUGCCACCCUUCCUCCUUGUGUGGUUCUUCAGGGCUAUGGAGGAGCUAUCAUCACCAUUCCUCUCAAGGUCUCAGGAUUCCUUCAGAGGCAUCGUUAAUGAUUUCCUUUCACUUGUGGUGUUUGUGGAAUCGGAAUCAUAAUAGACCUUUUCUCUUCCACGAGUCCUUUCAGCUUUUAGAGAUAUUGCUGGAAACUGUCAGGCACCAGAUUGGAGAAAGAGAUGAGUGACGGGAGCUCAGGCCUGGAGAGCCUUGCUGUUUAGGCCCUGGGGCACAUCCCUGACACUCCCCCACCCAUCCCUCCCACAGCAGCCUGUCAGCAGCGUUCUCCCCUUCCAAUCACCCCCCACCCCACACCCCCGGGGCAUCAGCAACCCCUGGAGGCACUGACUCCACCUGCACCAAUUGGAGGAAGAGCCACUCAGGGACACAGGCUCCACCUGCAAAUCCUACAACCUUUAGGCACUUAAGCAUUUAGACAAGGCUGUAGUUAAUUAGGUUCUACAGCAUCCAAGUCAUAUUUUCAGGCUGCACAGUCACAAGUAAAGUGAGAAGAUAUUUAUUAUUUGAUUUUGUUUUUAAGCCUGCUCUGUCUUCAUCUUAAAUGACCAUAAAUCUUAGCUUCACCCAAUCCUAAAUUCUGUCUUCACUAAAAAUUCCCAACUGUAAUCCUAACCCUAGCCCUAAAAACCUUGCUUAUGAAGCUUUAGCCCUGACAUAGGUUAAAUGAACAAAUGGAUACAGCACUGAGACUUUCAAGACACUACCUAUAUUCAGUAUUUCUCUUGUUAUUCCAAUGCAUUCUCAAAGUCCUAGCCACCUAAAUCUUCUUACUGACUCCUUUUCAGGUUUGAAUAAAAUGAGGUUUUGCUAUGAGCUUACCUGGGAGUGUUUACCAUUACUUUUGUAUAUUGCCUUCCUCCCUCUCUAUUUGAAUUUCAG